AUGCGCGCGACGGCGCCCCCCGCCCCCGCGGAAUCCGCGUCUCUGCUCGCGCCGCGCGAGCGGGACGGCUCGAACCCGCGCGCGCGGACGCUCGCGCGCGCGCUCGCGACGACGGGCGCGCUCGCGGGCGCGCUCGCGCUCGCGAUGUUCGUCUUCGUCGCGUCUUCGUCGCGUCUUCAGGGAUCCCCGCUCGCGCGCGCGUCGUCGUCGUCGUCGUCGUCGUCGUCGUCGUCGUCGUCGUCGUCAUCGCGCGCGGACGGCGCGAUGACGUCCGCGCUCGGGCUCACGGCCGCGCAGAUCGACGCGAUCAUCGAGGCGAACAAGCAGCCGACGACCAUCGUGGCGACGGAGGGCCCGAUUCAGAUGUUCGCGCCGCCCGCGCCGCCCGCGCUGCCGGCCCCGCCGCCGCCGCCGUCGCCGCCGCCGCCGCCGGACCCGGCGAUCGCGCGCGCGGCGAAAGCCGCCGUCGCGGACAAUCUCGAGCGCGUCCUGAACGCGUGGGACGAAGACGACGCGAGGCGGGCGCCUUCGGUCCCGGCGAACGACGCGACGACCGCCGGAGCGAAGUCGACGACGACGACGGCGGCGGCGGCGGCGAAGACGGAGACGACGACGACGACGACCGACGCCGCCGCCGUGAACGACCCGUACGAGUACGACGACGGCGGAUCGUACGACUACUCGACCCGCGCCGCCGCGGCGGACGCGGACGCGGACGAAGACGACGCGCCGCCGUCGGGAGAAGUCGCGGUCGUCUCUCCGCCCGCGGUUUCGGGAGAAGUCGCGGUCGUCUCUCCGCCCGGGGAUUCGUCGUACGCGUCGUUCGCGCUCCCGAAGCCGCUCGCGGCGCUGGAACCGCCGCCGGCGCCGCCGCCCGCGGCCCUCGUCGAUGUCGAUCGCGAACGCGGCGUGCGGGACGAGCUGCGACGCUCGCAUGCCGCCGUCGACGCGGAGAUGGAAAAAGAAGCGCGCGAAAACGUCCAGAGCUUUUUCGAUCGCGACGGCAACGCGACCGCGGCGACCGCGGCGACCGCGGCGACCGUGGCGACCGCGGCGGCGGCGCCGCCGGACGCGUCCGCGGCGAUCGUCGGGCCGCCGGAGCCGCCUCCGCGGAUCGCGCCGGACCCGGAGAAGGCGAAGAGGGACUUCGCGCACGCCCUGGCGGCGAUGGAGCGCGGCGAGACGGUCGACGACGAUCUCGACGCGGAAGACGGCGCGUCGACCGUCGCCGGCGACGCGCGCGGUGGGGAGACGAGAAACGCCAAGAACGACGAGCUGGACGACGUGUUAUCCGGCGUGUCGCUGGACGAGAACGCGCGCGACGACGACGACGACGACGCGGCGGCGGCGCCGGCGCCGGCGCCGGAGGCGGCGCGCGCGCGCGAGGCGGCGGGGGACGACGACGACGACGACGACGCCGACGCGCGCGCCGACGCGCCGGCUCCCGCGCCGGCGCGCGCGGCGGACGACGCGAACGAGGGUGUUACGGGUGUUACCGACGAGGGGCGCCGCGACGACGGGGACGAGGAGAACCGACGACGCGCGUUUGAGAUCCUGAGGCGUCUGGACGCGAAGACGUUUUGA